CGGCUCAAAUCGGCCUUGCAUUUGCAUUCCCCGGUUCCGCACUCGGCGGCAGCAGUUCACACUCCUCACUCUUCGCCGUUCGUCCCCCCCAAACGCUCAACUUUUUCGUGCCCCAUCCUUCUUUUUCGGUUAGUUGCCCGUCGCCUCUGUUCCUCUUCGCACUUGGUAAUCUCAAAGAACUAGUAGGCUUCAGGCUUCCGUGUGCAAUUUCGUGAUCCCUCCCUAGUUUUCCUGCGGUAUCUGGUGGUCAGAUCUUGGCUUCAACAGUUCCAAAUUAUGAUCUUAAGAUCGUAGCUGGUGAUGGGGAAACGUGAUAUCAGUUAUGAAUCCUGACUGCAAAUGUGGAAUGGCACGGAAACGGGAAACUAUUUCAACCUUACUAUGUAUGUACCUGUUUUGCAACUCGCUCCGCCCUGAUUUGUGAUCACCUAUUUCAGUCAGAUCAGGAGCAUCGAAAUGCGGUCACCGUCGCUGCUCUCGCAGUGCCUGGCUGGCUUGCUGUCACACGAUAGGACUGCAGCCCACUGUGUCAACAUUGUGCCAGAGAGGGAGCCGCACCUACCCUCCCCAGCAGUUGAGAUCGUCCCAUCAAAGAAUGUGCAUCCAUACAAGUAUGCCGGCGAAAAUAUUGAAUUGCACGGAAUGAAUAUAUUCAAGGGAAAGAUCAGCGUACUUGAUAUUGUUGGACUAUCUAAAUCAGAUAUUGUAACAUCAAAAGGACCUUUGAAAUGCUGUGAGAGUUCCAUUGAUCUAGUAAAUGUACUUAAAGAUGAGAUACGUGAUGGCCUAUUGACAUUCAGAAGCAAACGGGUUUUAGAGCUUGGUUGUGGAUACGGGCUUCCUGGCAUAUUUGCUUGCCUGAAGGGAGCUUCAACAAUCCAUUUUCAGGAUCCUAGUGCUGAAACAGUGAGGUGCAAAACAAUACCGAAUGUACUAGCUAACCUUGAACAGGCUCAAGAGAAGCAGAAUCACCAUCAAGGAAGCCCCCUUACUCCAUCCCAGCAACAAGUACCUCAAGAUAUUCAUUUCUAUGCCGGGGAGUGGGAGGAGCUUCACACAGUUCUGUCAAUAAUUCAGGAGGAUGAUGUGGAUGCAUCCUCAGGUAUAGGGCUAGGGUUCUGCGAAGAUGACCUUUUGGAUGAAUACAACAGUCAGGAUGGGAAUAAUAUUUGCCACGAUACAUCGUCGAGAAGAUCAAGAAAACUAUCAAGCAGUCGUGCAUGGGAGAGGGGAAAUGAGACCAGCACAGGAGACGGUGGAUAUGACAUUGUGUUAGUCAAUGAGAUCCCUUACUCUGCAAGCUCUCUUCAAAACCUCUAUUCGCUCAUAAAAAAGUGCCUGAGGCCACCAUAUGGAGUGCUCUAUCUUGCUGCCAGGAAGAACUACAUUGGUUCAAGCAGUGCGGUGCGGCAGCUGCGAGCAUUGGUGGAUGAAGAAGGCACAUUCGGUGUGCACCUUGUCUCCGAGCCCCCUGAGAGGGAGAUCUGGAAAUUCUUCUUCAAAUAGAUCAAAUGCUCAACACAGCAUUUCUCAGAAGAGAGAAAAGUUCCAUGUGGCUGCUCAGACCGCAGAGGCUAAUGAAACACCAGUUUUGUAAAUAUUAGCAGUUCCAGAUCAGUUUCUACAAUUCCCUGGAUCUCCUUCCCCUUCUUUUUCAUUUUCUUUCUGGAGUUUGCUGUUAAUUCUGUUUGAGUGCACGGCGCCUGAAUCGUCAAAUGCCGUUAUAGCUGACUCAAAUGGUAUGUGUGAUAGUCCAUUGUGAUUUACUGUCACGUGUUUCAUACUUAAAUGCCGAUUGCAAUCAGAUCCGACAUGAAUCUCAGAAGUA